CCGCCGCUUUCUUCCUUUCACCCUCCUCAACCACCUCUUUUCUCUUUAUAAACAUCAACGGUUCUCCAAAUUUCUCAGUGGUUCGAGACAUAUCAUAAAAGAAUGUUGCAGCACCAAGAACUCGCUCUUCAAAGAAGCUUCAGCUGCAACACAAGAAAGAUCAGCCCAGAGACCUUUCCGGCGCGUAGGUUACACGCCCGUUCUCGUUCUUCCUCCUCCUCCUUGAUCCCACCCAUCCCUGAGCAUGAACUCUUCCUCGUACCUUUCCAGAGCUUCACCUCCUCCUCUAAAAACACAGUGAAAGUCAACGUGAAGCUUUCUUUCUUCUCACGUGCUAUCAUCAACCUCGUUAACCUACCGCCAUCUCCUUCCUCCUCCGGUGUUUCUAACCAGCUGAUCACCGGAAAAUCCUCUUCCCUCGGGAGAAGGGUCACCGGGACUUUGUACGGACACAGAAGAGGCCACGUCACGUUUUCAGUCCAGGACGGUCCGAGAGCCGAACCAGUGUUUCUCUUAGACCUAGCCAUGUCAACGGAAACUCUAGGCAAAGAGAUGUCGUCGGGGCUCGUCAGGAUCGCGUUGGAGUGCGAGAGGCGUCACCGUUCGGGGACGACUAAGCUUUUCCACGAGCCCAAGUGGACCAUGUAUUGCAACGGCAGGAAGUACGGUUCCGCGGUGUCGCGUGGCGGAGCGUGCACCGAGUUGGAUUUGCGCGUGCUGAAUACCGUGUCGAGUGUAACGGUUGGAGCCGGAGUUAUUCCGACGGCGAGUGACGUGUCCGGUGGUGGAACGGAGCUUGGGGAGUUGUUGUAUAUGAGAGGUAGGUUUGAACGAGUCGUGGGGGGUCGUGACUCUGAGGCGUUUCACAUGAUGAACCCUGACGAAAACGAAGGUCCUGAACUCAGUAUUUUUCUUCUUAGAUUAUGAAAAAAAUGGUUUUUUCUUAAGAGAGAGUUAAAAAUAUUUGAAAAUGUCUUAAUUAGCUUGUUAUUAUAAAGUGAAUGAUUGCAAUGUUAUUAUAUAGGUUAGUUGCUAAUCUCUUGCUUA